AUGCGAUCCAUCUCCUACUUUCUUCUGGCCUUGUGCCCGCUCACUGCUAUGGCCGCCCUCAAUGGCCACUGCUCCGGAACCGCAACGGGCACGGCCAAGAGGCAGGGCAUCUGCGUUAAGACCUCGACUUGCGCUUCGUUUGGAGGGUCGACCAUCAAUGGCGGAUGUCCUAACGACCCAGCCGACGUCAAAUGCUGCACCAUGUACCAGUGCUUCGGCGAUGAGUCGAUGUGCCAGUGGACCAACACUGCCUGUGAUGGCACAUGGCGAUCCGGACUCUGCCCGGGAGGAAGCAACUACAAAUGUUGCGAUUUCGUCUAA